AUGGGCUGGUACCCGUAUCCUGUUGAUGCUGACUCCAAGCUCAUUAAGUCUCAACUUCUAAUUGCCGGCGUGAAGGUUCACGCUUAUGGCCUGGACAACGUUACCCCACCAAAAGCUGGAGAAACGAAGAAAGUAGCUGCUCUGUUUGUGUUGCAUGGCCGCACGAAUACUCAUCUAUUUUCAGGAUCUAUCGCUCACAUCAUUGUUGAUGGAAGGUUGAAACUGGAUUCCAACCCUGAAUUACCCUUGGUGGCAUUCACCAUCGACUUGCCAAACCAUGGUGAGCGUGCUGUCGACCUAUGCCGAAACGAAACGGGACCUGUUAAUCCCUUCGAAGUGAUAGACCUUGCUUCAAUGUGCAAUGCUGCAGCCUAUGAUGUCAAGAAUAUACUAGAGUACUUGCCGGCGUACUGUCCUCAGUUUGACUUCGUGCCUUAUGUACUGGGCACCUCAAUGGGAGGGCACAUUGCUUUCAAACUGGCUUCUCUGGUUCCCUUGAGCGGAAUUAUAGACGUUGUUGGAGCUCCUGAUUUGGCGAGUUUGUAUUACCAUCGGGUGAUCAAUACUCCGUUUAGUGAAUGUGCUCCCGGAAUCUACAAGAAGGCCUACGAAGAGCUGGACUUGUCAGAAGAAUCCAAAAAACGAUACCCGAAAGCACUACACGAGAGCCUAUCGUUAUCCACAAAGAAAUACUACUCGAUAGCUCACGGAAUUCCAACUUUUCUCGUAUAUGGAGAAAAGGACAAUAUUGUGAGCCCGGUUUACGUUUCUGAGCUGGAGCAACUAAAGGGCUUCCCUGGAACUGACAUAGAGGUGUAUUCGGAGCCUGUUGGUCACACAACCACCAUGUCAAUGAUUGAGGCCAUAAAAACAUGGCUUUACAAGCGGUUGGACCAAGCAGUUUGA